UUUUGUGUUAAUACAUCCAUCCAUCAUCCAUUUGCUUAUCCUUCAGGGUCAGGGGGAACCUGGAGCCUAUCCCAGAGAGGGGGUACACUCCGGACAGGGUGCCAAUUCAUCACAGGGCACAAUCACAUACACAUUCUUACUCUAUGGACAUGCCAAUCAGCCCACAUGUCCCCUUAAAGGGAAGAUUAAUACAUCCAUCCAUCCAUCCAUCUUCUAUACCGCUUAUUCUUCAGGGUCGCAGGGAACCUGGAGCCUAUCCCAGGGAGCAUCGGGCACGAGGCGGGGUGCCAAUUCAUCGCAGCGCACAAUCACAUACACAUUCAUACACUUAUGGACAUGCCAAUCAGCCUACCGUGCAUGUCUAUGGACUGAGGGAGGAAACCGGAGUACCCGGAGGAAACCCCCACAGCACGGGGAGAACAUGCAAACUCCACACACACAGGGCCACGGCGGAAACCCUGGAGGUGUGAGGCGAACGUGCUAACCGCUAAGCCACCGUGUGCCUCGUGUUAAUACGAUAUUAGAAUAUUAUGACGAUGAAUUUGGAGAAGGCAUUUUGAAGUCCUGUUUUUAUUAUUUUUGUAUUUUAUUUCAUUUACUGAUGACCUGAAGAAGUAUACUACAAAUAAAUAACGUUUUUUAAUGUGUCACCGAGGAUAAAAUUAAAGGCUCAUCCUAAAUCCUCAAAUAUUUUGCACCAGACUGCCAAAUGUGUGAUUAAAACGGGUUUCAGUCUUGACAAAAGGGUAAGCCAUUCUUCUUUAGAAUACAGCAUAAACAUUUUUACUUCACAUGUUGCUAAUCAACACCUUGAUGAUUUCAGAACCGUAUCAUGUGCUGGGGUGGGUUUUUUUUUUUUUUUUAUAUGGCAAGAAAUCUUAGACAAUGUAGCAAUUCCAAAACUGUCCCAAUAUAUCGGAAUUCACACAAAGAUUCAUUUUAGUAAACAGCACUAUAAAUGGGAGAUGUUGACAUAUUUGCCUGGAACUCUCUGCCACACAGCGACAGUUAAAGUGUUUCAGAAGAGGUUGUUGAUGAUCGUUGUCGUUCACGUUUGAAAGCUGUAAAUGCAUCAUUAGUCAGCUUUGAUGCCUUCGCAUCUGGCUUUAAGUUCUUUGCCUCCUGUAAUAUCCUGGAGGACCAGAUGAUGUUGCUGUCAUCCAAAAGUUCUCUCUGGAGGGGAAGAAAAACAAACAGUGUUUAGACAUUUUCACGUAUAGACAUCGAUACACAGCAAGACUAUUUCUCGGUUAGGAGAGAGCCGGCACAGUUGUAACAUUCGUUCAAAUUGCUCAUUUUCAUUGAAACCAAAAAACAAAACAAUUAAGUGUUACAAAUGUGGCAGUAUUUUCCUCUAGAUGUGCAGCCCUUUUUUUUUUAUUAUUUUUUUUAUUUACAGAAAUAAUUAGAACUUGGUAUCAAACAAACACACUGACCACCAUAAAAUACCACUCAAUCUAUAGAGAGUGGGGGAGUUAAUCCAGAGCAUGGUGAGAUUCUGCCCCAUGCCAUAAUAAUCAGGAUUACCCGCCUAUGCACUUGUACACUCACACACAUACUGCGACUCUAAUAUUAACAGAUGUAUCUGUCUCAUCACCCCCACUACUAGGGAGAGAUGUGAGUGAUAGACAGUCUGAGCGAGAGGCAGCGGCAUUGCGGAGGAGUUGCAGAUCAAAUGAGUAUCGAAUACAACUGAAAAACAGGUUUGGGAGACUUUAUGGUCCUCUCUGCCAUACCAUUACUGGAGCAGCAGAUGCUGCAGCUUCUUCAAUUCUGCUGGCUUUAUCCAGAAUCUCUGUGAGUCCAGAGUCUCCAAUACCAACUACAACUGCUACAGCUUUUCCACCUGUAUGCCUGGGAGUAGAGACCAGGAGACCAGAGGUGGUUGAGCAACUCCAGAUCAGCACCAGCUAGGCAGGUUUCCAAAGUAAUUUUUCCCCUUUUUUCAAGAAAACCUGCAGUGGGUGUAGCAGAGAGAUGUCGAGCUAUAUGAAGAUGAGCUUCGCAGACAAACUGCUGAUCCUGCUCCUCCUAUCUUCCCUGGUCUCGGCCCAGCUCCGACGCAAUUCUGACUCCACGACUUCUUCCAUCCAGGAACCCACUCCAUCAGCCUCCAACACAAGCUAUACAGUGGAAGAUGAGCUUGCUGGCAGCAUGCAGCCUCCCAGUGUGAGCACACAGCCUCAAGUAGCAGUAAAAGAGCAAGAGCAAGUCUGGUCUGUGCCUGAAAAUUACCUCUAUACCGGUGAUGCCUCUCUCCUGAGUUCUUCAAGCUGCCGCAAUUCUUUCCAGUUGACGGAUCAGCAUGGUGCUAUCCCGCAAGACAUCAAGGCCCUCCUCUACAAGUCUACAGUGUCCUUGACCAACACUGUGAACUUCCUCAACCUUAUCUUUCAGGCAAGUGAACUGAGGGAGACCAGUGUAAGGGAGGAUAUAGAGUGGUACCACGCGCUGAUCCGGUCCAUGCUUGUUGGUGAAAGACCUAGCCUGGUGAGACAUGCUCUGCUAAGCUUUGAUGCUGAUCCUACAGCACCUCAACCACAGUUGGUACUCUGGGCCUCCAAGGACUCAUCUCAGGACAUCUACUUAAAGGACCUCACUUUGGCCUGGGAAAAACCUGACUUACUGCCCCAUGGCCUUGAUCAGAGCUGGUUCACCUUACUGAAGUCCAACAGCCCAUCUUUUCCUAGCCUGUCUAAACAGGUCCUGCUCAAUGACCUCAGCACCCUGGACACACCCAAGUGGACAUACGGGGGCAUCUAUGUAACCAAUAGCAGUGGACUGCAGUGGGGUGAGACCCCAUUCUUGGAGUGUAAAGAAGGUCGUUUCCUGCCUGGGUGGCUACUUACACUUUCUAUGCCUUUUUAUGGGCUGAAGCCAGACCUCAGUCCUGAGUUUAGAGGUGUGAUCCGUUUAGAUGUGAAUAUCCAGGAUUUUGAUGUAAACCAGUGUGCCACUGGGGAUUUCUGGUUUGCUGACACACAUCAGUGUAACCGUACCAGCAUGGAGUGUGAGCCGAUUCCUAGGCAGGGGUUUCGUCUUGGCCAGUACUGUUGCCGAUGUAAAGAGGGAUACUACAGCCUGCCAGACGUCACAGAGGACCAGUUGGAUGAUGGUUCCAGUAGUACCCAGGGGUGUUACCCUAUGAUUCCUGUGUGUGUGCCCUGCUAUCCGGGCUGUAAGCAUUGUCAGAAUGGCUCCCCGUGUUGGGUUCAGGAGGACUGGCACCUGAGAGCAGUGCUCCUAACUGUGCAUUGCUUCUUCAUGGCACUUGUGCUUAUCAGCAUGCUGAGAGUGUACCAAUGCCGGAGUUCAAGGCCGAUUCGAGCAUCUGGUCUCCUGUUGCUCGAGAUUAUUCUCUUCGGGUCUCUGCUCCUUUAUUUUCCUGUCUUGAUAAUAUUUUUCAAACCCAGCACGUUUCGCUGCAUCCUGCUCCGUUGGGUCCGUUUGCUUGGCUUUUCUGUUGUUUACGGCACGGUGUCAUUGAAAAUGUACAGGGUUCUGAAUGUAUUCCUCUCAUGCACGGCCCAGAGAGUCCCCUACAUGUCCAGCACCAGUGUACUCAGGAUGCUGGGAGUGAUGGUGCUCAUUGUGAAAUGGUUUUUGUGUGCUUGGACUGUGGGAGUCCUUCAGAACUGGGAUCGUAACAUCCCACUACUCAUUACAUUAGCGACCUCAGAUGGGCAGAGUUUCAGAGUGUGUGAUUUGGACCGCUGGGAUUACAUGAUGGCUAUGGCAGAGUUGUUGUUCUUGUGCUGGGGGAGCUCCCUCGGCAGUGCAGUGAAGGCUGUGCCCGCUGCCUUCCACGAGCCUCGCUACAUGAGCAUCGCUAUAAACAACGAACUGCUCUUCUCCACCAUGUUCCAUCUCCUCAGAUUCGUAAAGCCAUCUCUACAUCCUGACUGGAUGCUCUUGCUGUUCUUUAUCCACAUACAUGUCACAAUCACUGUAACACUUGGCCUGCUGUUCUUUCCUAAGCUCCUUCACGUAUCUCAAAUGGCUUCAGAGAUAUAUGAGGAUGAAGUGGACCUACGACGUUCAUGUUUACAUCUAAAUAAUAGUUUUACAUCCGCCUGCUGGAGUGACCACAACCUGGACCCUGACGACAUUCGGGGUGAGCUAAAGAAACUUUAUGCUCAGUUAGAAGUCCACAAGACCAAGAAAAUGGAAAACAACAACCCACACCUGCAGAAAAAGCGCAGCUCUCGGCUUAUGUUUGGCCGAUCCCUUAUUAGGCGGAUAGCUGAGAUCCCUGAGAGCAUGAGUCUGCAGGGUAGCCGUAAAGAUAAGGACACUUCAGGAGCUGGAGGGACACUAAAAGGGUCUGGAUCUUGCCUGGCAACUUCCGAAAGCGCUCGUGUCAUUAUGAGGAGUGAGACAGCAAAGCCAUCACCAGAGAGACAAAAGUGUCUGCCAUUGAGGGACGCCUCAGUGAAAAACUGUACGAACAAGAGGGCCUCGGAGACAGAGUCCAUCGACACCGCGCCACUUUUCUGCAAGUCAGUCAGUGCUCAGAACCUAGCCCUAGACAACAACUUCCUACACCCAGUGUCCACCCGGGUUCAGAAAUCAUUUAGUUUUACAGAAAAGCACAGGGAUCAUUAUCCGCUUUCUCCCACUAAGAGCACAGUGGACACAUCGCAUGUUCUGAAAACAAGCCCAAAAGAUAAGUCAUUUGACAAGGCUGAAAUUAACGAGGAACAGCCUACAGGCACAAACACGUCAAACCAAGCAAAUGUCACUUGCGCUCUUUCUGAACAGGAAACCCUAACACAGAAGCUUACAUCUCCCCCCACACUACUGUAUGUUUGCCCCUGGGAAUUCGCCUCCUCCUUGCCCUCCUCUUCUCCUCCUGUGGCAAAGGGAGGGAGUAGUCUAGACUCAGAUGUUGAAUCUACAAGACCAAAUCCUCCAAUCUCCUCAAGUGCCCCAGGAUCACCAUAUAGCUUUGCCAAGCCAAUGGCCCGCUGUGGUAUCUCUUUCCAUUCUGCUACCCAGACCCUCCUUUUAGCAAGGGGUUUGGUGGCUAAAAAAGGGUCUGGCAGAUAUAGCAGUAAAAAUGAACUGGAGAGUACAUCACAACCCACCAGAUCAGUGACUCUAAGCAGUGCUAUAAAGUCAGGGAAAAAGACACCACAAACACCGAUACGAUCUAUGACUUGUGUUGAUUCAAAACCUUGCCUUGUGAAACAGGCAGCGAUAAGAGCAUCCCCAGAGAGGAACUCCGUAAGCACCGUCCCACCACGUAUCCACCUGUGGGAGUCUGAAGACGUGGAGUAUGAAAAUAUAAUACAAUGUCAGAACAGUGGCAGGCCAAGACUGUGUCUGACUCCUAGUAUCGAGAGAACCAACCCAUCCUGGCACCACGAUAAAGCUUCUUUGACUGUUCCAAGAUCAACAGUGUGUCGAUGGGACGUUCCAAACAAGACUUGUCGACAAAGCAGCAUUGCUGAUAUCUGCCCAUGGGAAGCGAAGCAGCAAGAUCAAUUACAAUCCAAAGGUUUUUGUGAUGACGAUUUAACUUGCGAAGUGGACAGCAAGCAAAUGCAAAUAACAACAGGGGACAAAAGGAUUCGUCCAUGGGAACCUCUAGGACAGACAUCAAGAAUCAAUAGUAAAGCUAGGAAAGGAACUGAGCAACAUCAGAGCCAUACAGAGGCAGAAGUGUUCCCCUGCAAUGUUAAAGAAGAUUCUGCCAAAUCAGUUUCUGAGGCAACAAAACCCACCGAGAGAGUUAUUUAUGUAAAUCCUCUACCAGACACAAAGAAGCAGAGUCGACAAGAGACACUCCGAACUGAUAUCUGUCCAUGGGAAACAAAAAGUCUAACUACGCCUAGUCCAAGGCACCGUUUAACAAAACAACUUACCAGUACUGCGGAUAUGGAUAUAUGCCCAUGGGAUUUCCCUGAGGGAUCUUCCUGCCAAUUGGAAAAGUUACGUAAAACAGAUGCUGAGAACCCAAGUGAUGAUGUCAAGAAAACUAAAUCAGCGCCAAAUCCACUGACUAAACAGCUGACAAGCACAGCAGAAACUUGUCCGUGGGAUUUCCCUGACUCGCCAUCUAUUGUAAAAGAAGUCUAUCUGUUGGAAACAGAGGAAGCAUCACUGAAACCAAAUCAAGAGGACAUGGGAUUGCCUUCACAAGUGUCCACAACUAAGAAAACACAUAGCUGUUCCCAGGAAGCAGAUACAACAGAGAGGUCCGAAGGUAUUACCAUAACAAAGGAGGCAGAUACCUCAGUCCUACAAAAAGAAAGUGUGCACGCUAAAAUCUGUCUUUGGGAAACCAUUACACUAGAAAGUGAACAGCCCGGGAAAUCAUCUCAGAAACAAACAGGCCUUCAUGUCAAUGUAGAUCCAGUGCAUACAGGUGAGCCUGAGAAGCAAAUCCAAAGAAACAAAAAUGCUUACGCUGAGAUUUGCCCAUGGGAAACAGAACAGUCGCCGAAAAAAACUCAAAGUCCAAAUUACCUUCAAGCAUAUAUAUGUCCUUGGGAAUUAGAGGUUUCAGGAAAAUCCAAAAUGCAAACAAGUGUCUGUGUAGACAUUUCCCUUUGGGGCACUGAACGACCAGCGAGUACAAAGGACAGCGUCAGUGAGAAGACGGAAGAAGAUACCUGUGCACAUACUGUACAAGGGGCAAAGGCUAAUCUGCCUCUGACUCGAUGUGAUGCACUGUGUCCAUGGGAAAUGAAGGGAGGAUCCAUUGAGCACGAUAAUAACUCGGACAUAUUCACAUGGGAGGAACCUAUAGCGGAAGAAGAAAGUGAUGCAGAAACAGCGGCAGAAGCCUUCAUCUUCCCACCUGACUUAUAAACUCCAAGCGUAUAGAGAUCGAAGCUAGACUUCUAAGAUCCAAGCUUAUUAGCACGUGCUUUGUUCUAGCUUUAGAAAUGUAAACCAUGUUUUAACAAAUUGAGCCACUAGUUAUACACCACAAUAAGUGUCCAUGUGGAAAACGAACGUCGCCACUGCAAACGGACUACUCAAAUAAAAGUCCAGGUCAAAUUCUUACUCAUCCAGCAACAUGCCAAGCAUGAAGAUCAUUGUGAUACAGUACUUUCACCCAUAGCUGUAACUAGCUACACUAUACGGCAAAAUGUUUGUGGACACCUGACCAUUACACUCAUGAGCCUUUUGAA